GACGCCGCUCAGACAGGAGACCUAAGGAACCGAUAAUCAUCUCUGGUUAGCAAAUAUAGGUUAGCACUCCGGUCAUACAGACGAAAACAUGGAGUCCGCUGUGGUGCUCUUUGUUUUAAUGGUUGGCUCUGUAUGUGGAGAAGCUGCAGCAGAAACACAACUAGUAUAUGUGACUGUGUUGUUCCGGCAUGGCGACAGGUCUCCAGUCAAAGCCUAUCCUACAGACCCUUAUCAAGAGGGCGACUGGCCACAAGGCUUUGGACAGUUAUCACAGGUGGGGAUGAAGCAGCAUUUUGAACUGGGCCAAUUCCUGAGGAACCGAUACAAAGGCUUCCUGAACGACUCCUACGACAGGAACCAGAUCCACGUUCGCAGUACGGACUACGAUCGCACCCUGAUGAGCGCUGAAUCCAACCUUGCGGGUCUGUACCCCCCCGCUGGUCAGCAGGUCUUCAAUCCAAAUAUGCCCUGGCAGCCGAUACCUGUACACACAGUGCCAAAAAGUGAAGAGAGGCUUCUUGAUUACCCUCUGGAUGACUGCCCUCGCUACAACCUGUUGAUGAAUGAAACCGAAAAAACGGAGGAAUUCAUCAAUGUCACUUUGGCAUACCAGGAUAUUAUAGAACUGGUGAAGAACAAAACAGGACUCAAUAAGACUGAUGUGGAGUCAGUCUGGAGCGUGUACGACACACUGUUCUGUGAGUCCCGUCACAACAAGUCUGCUCCUGAUUGGGUGACUCCUGAAGUCAUGGAGAAGCUCCAAUGGCUCAAAGACUUUGGAUUUCGGAUCACAUUUGGGGUCUACAAGCAACAAGAAAAGAGCCGGCUGAUGGGAGGUAUGCUAUUGGGAGAAAUAGUGAAGAAACUUUCAACAAUGGCCGUCCCAGACCCUGCCCAGAGGCUGAAACUGAUGAUGCUGUCAGCGCACGACACCACGGUAGCCGCUCUUCAGGCCAGUCUGAAUGUGUUCAACGGAAGACAGCCACCUUAUGCCUCUUGUCAUAUAAUUGAGCUUUACAGGGAGGAAAACGGCUCUGCCUCUGUGUCCAUGUUCUACCGGAAUGACAGCACAGUGGAGCCGUACCCUCUUCAGAUACCAGGCUGCUCUCUUGACUGCCCCCUAGAUGACUUUGUGAGAAUUACAAAGCUCUCCAUUUCAGACGACAGAGACAAAGAGUGCCAACUGCCGUCAAAAGGGAGAGAUACAGAGGUGAUCAUCAGUCUGGCGGUGUCUUGUUCUUUGCUCAUCUUCCUCGUCGCCUUCCUCCUCGGAGUUAUUUGUUGGCAGAAGCCAAUCAACAACCGGGGAUACAGCCAUGUCGUCAACCAGGAUGUGGGAGAUGAAUCCUGACAGAAGCAAAAACUCCUUCCCCGGAGAUCGGAAAGCCCGGCAUCUUGGGACAGCAGCGAUGAAGAAGGACUUUGAACUCUUAAACUCCCGAGUGACCUUUCUGACGGUUCCGGAGCCACAACAAUUAAAAUCUUUAAAGAGUGAGUUGUCGUCCAAAAUGACCUGAUUUUGUUGGGUCAGAGAGAGGAAUUUAAAUAAGAUUUUAGGGAAGAACAGGUUUUAAAAUGCCUCCCUGUCACUCUAAACUAACAUUAGUGCUGAGAGACAGGCUGUUGGAGGGACCAGGACUGAUUUCCCCAUCAAGAAAACACAGCAGGGAAAAGGGUCUGUUUUAUGUUUGACACAAAAAGGAACUGUGGUUUUCCCAUCGUGGUCUGAUCUCCAAUCAGCUCAUAUUUCUACACAUAUUUUCCCAAAAUGUGCUCAUACAGACACUGCAUCUGGGGUUUUUCAAGCAUAGGACUCGAUUGGAUGCAGAAAAUAGUGAUACAGUUGUAAUCUUAAAUUAUGUAAUCAUGAUACAUGAUGGGAAAAGGUUUUGGGAAUGUCAUCGCAAAUUCACGAUUUUUAUUUAGCAUCAUGAUUUUCUUCCUGGCUUGUCUAAUAUUUCUUAAAAACAGCUCCAAUAAUACUUAACCUGGUGACGCCCAAGAUGUUGACUAAAAAGGCAAAACAUUUCUUAAUACUGAAUUCAGAAUUCUUCCAGCCCUGGUCUGUUUGCAAAAAAGGAUUACCUUUUGAAUAGGAGGAAUACAUUUGUUUAAAUGCAUGUGUAAUCCUAAUGACCGUGAUGCCUUAAAUAUUUUUAAUUCUGGGGUGUGCAUUUGCUUGGAUGCCAAAUAUUUUUGUAGCAUUUCACAUUUUUGAGCAGCAGCUCAAUGUUAAAAGUGUCACUUAUCCAGAAAAAGCUGGUUUAAACAAAUAAUAUUAAAAUUGGGCGUAAACAAGAAUCACAUUUCAUGAUAAUGUAAAUCAGCUUCACAUAAUAUACAUUUUAAGGGGGAUACUAGAAACACUGGAGAUCUUUACAUGUGUGUGUCUUUGAAUCUGCCUUUUUGUUUGUGUGUUUAAUCAUUUAAAAUAAAUCUAAUGGAUUCCUUUGCA